CACUUCCGGUCACGUUUCCUCAACAGUGAUUGGAUAAUCGUGCUCUACGGAGUUGGCGCCAUAGCAAGCGGCUCGGUGCUGUCUCGAAAGCGCUCGCCCCUGAAAUACGCACUUGGACGAGUGUUAGCGUUUCAACAAAGGAGCGAUGGCUGACAAAGACGCUGCCUUUGACGAUGCUGUGGAGGAGAGGGUCAUCAAUGAGGAGUACAAGAUCUGGAAGAAGAACACUCCAUUUCUCUAUGACCUGGUCAUGACUCAUGCCCUGGAAUGGCCCAGUCUCACUGCUCAGUGGUUGCCAGAUGUCACCAGACCAGAAGGAAAGGACUACAGUGUACACAGGCUGGUUCUGGGGACACACACCUCAGAUGAGCAGAAUCAUCUUGUGAUUGCUAGCGUUCAGCUCCCCAAUGAUGACGCCCAGUUCGAUGCCUCCCACUAUGACAGUGAGAAAGGAGAGUUUGGUGGUUUUGGUUCUGUGAGUGGAAAGAUCGAAAUUGAGAUCAAAAUCAACCAUGAAGGAGAAGUCAACCGAGCCCGGUACAUGCCCCAGAACCCUUGCAUUAUCGCCACCAAGACCCCCACCAGUGAUGUGCUGGUCUUUGAUUAUACUAAGCACCCAUCCAAGCCAGACCCUUCGGGAGAGUGUACUCCAGACCUUCGCUUGAGGGGUCACCAGAAAGAGGGCUAUGGCCUCUCAUGGAAUCCAAACCUGAGCGGCUGCCUCCUCAGUGCUUCGGAUGACCAUACUAUCUGCUUGUGGGACAUCAGCACGGUGCCCAAAGAGGGAAAGAUAGUGGAUGCCAAGACCAUCUUCACAGGUCACACUGCUGUUGUAGAAGAUGUCUCCUGGCACCUGCUCCACGAGUCACUCUUUGGAUCUGUGGCCGAUGACCAGAAACUCAUGAUCUGGGACACACGAUCCAACAACACUUCCAAGCCCAGUCAUGCUGUGGAUGCCCACACUGCUGAGGUCAACUGCUUGUCUUUCAAUCCAUACAGUGAAUUCAUACUGGCCACUGGUUCUGCAGACAAGACCGUGGCUCUGUGGGACCUGAGAAACCUAAAGCUGAAGCUGCACUCCUUUGAGUCUCACAAAGAUGAGAUAUUCCAGGUGCAGUGGUCUCCUCAUAACGAAACCAUCCUGGCCUCAAGUGGCACAGACCGAAGGCUAAACGUGUGGGAUCUUAGUAAGAUCGGGGAGGAGCAGUCUCCUGAAGAUGCAGAAGAUGGACCUCCAGAGCUGCUGUUCAUCCAUGGUGGACACACAGCGAAGAUAUCAGACUUCUCAUGGAACCCCAACGAGCCGUGGGUCAUCUGUUCUGUGUCGGAGGACAACAUCAUGCAAGUGUGGCAAAUGGCUGAAAACAUCUACAACGAUGAAGACCCUGAAGGGGUAGCAGAUUCUGAGCAGAGCUAUAAGUCGGGGCUCGUACCAGCCCUCCAAUUCCUGAAGGUUGACGCUGAGCCGGCGCUGGAGACGAGUAGAAGCUUGCCGGCAUAGGGUGACAUCGCUCAUGGCUCUUGGUCUACACGGGUUCUUGGCCUGAUCCCUUAAAGAGUUCAGAUGAUUUCGGUGGGACUCCUGGAGCUGAAGCAACUCCUCUGUCAGACAUUGGACUUGGGCCUUGAGCUCCUCCUGUGACAAGAUGACACAAAAAUAUUAUCACUGUAAAAUAUGAAUUCAAUUAAAAAAAUUAUCAAGCUCA